CACAGAGGAAAAGCUGCGUCUACGCCACGGCCGGACAGCUGUGUUGACCCUCCACCGGUGUUUACGGGGGAGAACCUGAAGGAACAGGUUUUCUUACCUGUCAGGAUGGAAACUUUCUCAAGAUCACAAAUUCUGCAGGAGUUGAACUUCAGAUACCACACACUGGCAGCCAAUGACAACAGAGGCUUUAAACAAGAGUUUAGGGAGCUGAAUGAAGUUGGCAAAGUCCUCCCCACCAGAGCUGGGGAAUUAGAAGCCAACAAAGAAAAGAACAGAUACCAGUUCGUUUUGCCCUACGAUCACUGUCGGGUGAGGCUCUCAGUUGUUAACAAUAAUCCAUACUCUGAUUACAUCAAUGCAAAUUUUGUGCCGGGUGGAGGGUCAGAGAGAGACUUCAUCUGCACCCAGGGGCCUUUGCCCAACACCACAGCUGACUUCUGGAGAAUGGUGUGGGAGCAAAACGUCAGGAUUAUCGUCAUGGUGACAGCUCUGAAACACAAGAGCACAGUCCUGUGUGAUAAGUACUGGCCUCUGGAACAAGGGACAGUUUAUCAUGGACCGUUCCAAGUGACAACAGUGGCUCGCAAACAAGGUCCAGAUUAUUUUAUCACAACCAUUAACCUGCGACAGUGGGACAGUCCAAAUGACAGGAUGAUAACUCACUACCACUACCCCUCCUGGCCAGAUCAGGGAGUCCCAAACACGUCUUCUCUCUCUGCCUUUAUUGAGCAUAUACGGCAACAUUUGGAUGCCAUUCCUCAUCUGGGGCCGUCUGUGGUCCAUUGCAGUGCAGGUGUUGGCCGGUCGGGGACAUUUGUGACUUUACUGUGGCUGAUGCAGCUGUGUGUGAGAGGGAUCCAGCCGGACAUCAGAACGGCCGUGGAGGACCUGCGGCUCCAUCGAAUGCUCAUGGUCCAGACUCUGGAGCAGUAUCUUUUCAUCCAUCACUGUCUGCAAUAUUGGCUAAGUGGAGGGGCCUCUGUAAGGACCAAACAUCAGCGUGAGCACAAAGCGACACAGCAGGGAUCAACCUCAACAGUCAUCGCGACAGGGAGACCAAGCCGGGAGGAGACAACACAAACAUCGCCAGAAGCCCCCACCGGACCAACCGCAGACUCUAGUACAGAUUUUACACCCCAGGAACCUACUGAGGAGGAUGCUGCCCUCUUUAUCACAGACAAACCAGGCCUCGCAGAACCCCUGAACGACUUCAUAUUUCUAUACGCGUCGGAUCGUAUUGAAGUGUUUCAACUUCCGUUGGGAGAGAUGCUGCAGAGAGAAAGCUUUGUAUACACCGCAGGUCCCUGCAGGCAGAGCGCACAUAACAAAGAAGUACAGUACAUAAGUGCUUUGAAAAGACAGCAGUUUGCUUUGUAA